AUGUCAAAUAACGAUGAAAAAUUUGAUGAUAACACGGAUGGGAGAAUGUUGUUCGAUGCUAUUAGAAAAGGAAAACAACACUUAGUGAGGUUUAUUCUUGAGGCAUCUCCAGGAAAUAUUGUUAAUGCCAGGGAUUUCAAUGGGAAAACUCCCUUAAUUGUAGCAUGUACUAUUAAGGAGGAGUUGAGACGCACUUCGGUAUCCCGACUUUUACUGUUUCAUGGGGGAGACGUCAACCUUGCAGAUGACAAUGGUAGAACACCACUGAGUUACGCUUGUGAAAAAAGAUGUAACGACCUUGUAGAAAUCUUUGUGAAACACAGAGACAUAGAUCCUGAUACGACAGACGAUAAAGGUAACAGUCCAUUACUGUACUGUACAAUGGUUGGUAAUGAUAUAGGAACCAAUUCCUUGGUUCGACACUUCCGGAGGCUAGGUUUGAAAGUUGAUCAUGGAAACAAAGAGGGUUUUACACCCAUUGUUAUGGCUGCUAGAAAUGGAUUUAUUUCCUGUGCUAGGAUCUUGUUUCAACAAGGGCAGGCCUCUUUGUACGUACGCGACCCAGUCAAUGAUUUGACCGUAGAAGAAUUAUUGGAGAAGAAUGGCUUUGCGCUUGACGACUUGCUGCCAUUCGAGAGACAUCAAGAAGCGAAAAGAAGAUUUAAGAAGGUUAUCACUUUUGCAAAGUUCAUGAAAGGAUUAUCAUCUACCCGACAGGAAACUGGCUCUGAAUCUGAUAGCACCGAGGUUGAAACAUGUUCCGAGAAGAAAGACGAAGAAUCAGACUUAGAAGUCACAAGCGACGAGAAUCACUCAGGCAAUGUAAACCUUACAGAUCACUCAGGCAAUGUAAACCUUACAGAUCACUCGGGCAAUGUAAACCUUACAGAUCACUCGGGCAAUGUAAACCUUACAGAUCACUCGGAUCACUCGGGUAAUGUAAACCUUACAGAUCACUCGGGCAAUGUAAACCUUACAGAUCACUCGGGCAAUAUAAACCUUACAGACCACUCGGGCAAUGUAAACCUUACAGAUCACACGGGCAAUGUAAACCUUACAGAUCACUCGGGUAAUGUAAACCUUACAGAUCACUCGGGCAAUGUAAACCUUACAGAUCAUCACUCGGGCAAUGUAAACCUUACAGAUCACUCGGGCAAUAUAAACCUUACAGACCACUCGGGCAAUGUAAACCUUACAGAUCACACGGGCAAUGUAAACCUUACAGAUCACUCGGGUAAUGUAAACCUUACAGAUCACUCGGGCAAUGUAAACCUUACAGAUCACUCGGGCAAUGUAAACCUUACAGAUCACUCGGGCAAUGUAAACCUUACAAAUCACUCAGGCAAUGUAAACCUUACAGAUAACUCGGGCAAUGCUGAUUUGGGUGACUACGAUGUCAAAUACCCUGGUUGUAGGAAGAUUUCUACUUAA